AUGGAGGGUCAGUCGAGGUCCUCUCACAGGUACCUGUUGCUGCAGGUGUGGUGUGCUCUGCUCACCGUGUCCAUGGUGGUUAUGGCUGUUUUUGUAGCUUCCAUCAAACCAAAGUCAGCACAGGACGAAGUCUCCACACUGAAGCCAGCCAAUGUCAGUCCAACAGCACAAGUACUGGAUGCUAUGAAUGAUCAGUCUUGGGAAGAAUCACUCGCCUGCGACUCAUGCUCCCUGGUCCUGCAAGACAACUCCAUCUACUUCAAGAAACAAGGCUUGUACUUCAUCUAUGCUCAGGUCACCUUCAGAGAGAUGAAUGAGUCCAACUUCAUGGUCCUGAAAAGAAACGCAGUGUUUGGCAAAAGCAUGAUCACACUGGCUGAGGGGACGUGCCCUCCGGAGAAGGUCUCUGUGUUGGUGGCCAGAAUCGUGAGACUCACGGAGGGAGACAGUGUCAGCUUAAACAUCUCAGGUGUUAUUCUGAAGGAAAGCACAGUCUGGGGCGCCUUUCAGCUUCAUUAGGUUGGACUGCUAUGCUACUGUGGGCCUCGACUAACUUCAUCAGCUGCGAUUAUUCUGAAAUAUUGAGAUGGAGGUUUAAUUCUCACAGUUUUAUACAUUUUUUAAAAAAUUACUGCAAAUCACAUGGAUUCAACAAUUCUAAAUAUCAUUAUUAAAAGUCUUGUAAUCAUAUUUGUGGCCAACAUGGAACACUAAUCCAGAUUUUACUCCUCACAAGAGACCACGUCUUCAAAUAACCGGUCCAACCUCAGCAGAAUUUUAAAUAAGCCAGCUGGUUCUGACUCUUGAAAUUGUGACACAUUUGGUGAUGUGUCAAUUUUUUUUUAAGUUAACUGCUUUUUUAAAAAACUAUGACUGUCUGUCUGGGGCAUGAAUAUGCUUUU